AUGCCCGCUCGAUCGUCCUGCUGGCCGACCACCGGCAUCGCGUCGUCGACUGAUCGCGCGAGUUCACUUAAUUUUGUCCAACUUUAUGAAACUGGUGUCCACCACCAGCGGUGCACCCAUUUGGUCGACUACCCGGCGUUUCCGGCUAUGCGCCUGAAAACAUCCUGCUUUAAAUCGGGAUUCACUUUGAAUCUCUCUCUAUAUAUUAUUAUAAUGAUUCCGAUCAUUUUCCUUCUUUUUCUUCUUCCUCCUUCAUCUUCUUCUUCCUCCUCCUCCUUCAUCUUCUUCUUCUUCUUCCUCCUCCACCUUCAUCUUCUUCUUCUUUUCUUCUUCCUCCUCCUCCUUCUCCUCCUCCUCCUUCUUUUUCUUCUUCUUCUUCCUCCUCCUCCCUCUUCAUCUUCUUCUUCCCGUUUUCUUUCAACACACUGUCCUGUAAAUUUUGUCUAUUGUUGCUGUUCCUCUUAA